UGUUUUAGGGUUUAUGCAGAUUCCAUGUAAGUUAUAAGCUCGGCUCCUGCCUCAUUAGCCUUCUCCUGCAGGAUACAGUGCUGCCGCUUUCAGGAUUUCGAUCUCCGCCUCCCAACCACCGUCGAGGGCUUUUCGUUUCAACCGACCCGAAACAUGUCAGGAGAUGAAGAAGUUGCUGUUCCUGUUGCUGAGCCUGUUGCAGUUCCUGCAGCUCUAGGUGAACCAAUGGACCUUUUGACAGCCUUGCAACUUGUGUUGAGGAAGUCAUUAGCUCAUGGUGGGCUCACUCGUGGACUCCACGAGGGUGCAAAGGUCAUUGAGAAGCAUGCUGCACAGCUCUGCGUUGUAGCUGAGGACUGUGACCAGGCUGAUUAUGUUAAGCUGGUCAAGGCACUAUGUGCAGACCAUAAUGUUAAACUGAUGUCAAUUCCUAGUGCUAAAACUCUUGGAGAAUGGGCUGGUCUUUGCAAGAUUGAUUCAGAAGGAAAGGCAAGAAAGGUUGUCGGUUGCUCUUGUGUUGUUGUGAAGGAUUUCGGUGAAGAAUCAGAAGGCCUCCAUGUUGUUCAAGAGCACCUCAAGUCCCAUUAAAUUAUUAAAGUUCUGCUUUCAGGCCGAUGUUCCCUAGAUAGUCUUAAGGCCUCUUUAAUAUCUGGUUAUGAUAUCAGUGGUAUGUCCAAUCUUAUAUUACUAUGGCUUUGUUAUAAGAUUUUGAUUCGAGCACGUUAUUUAAGUAUUGACUUGAGUAUUGCCCGAAGGAGUUUUACAAUUUUGUAACUGUUUUUGACUUCGAAUGAAAAACUAUCGUCGAUUUGGCA